UUCCCGGGCCUUGCGCCUCCGAUGCUGCGAGCCAGGCGAGGGGCCGCGGUCGGACCAGUGGAGGGUGGACCCCGAGUGGCUGGGGGAAGAUGUAGGGCAGCGCGGCUUUGUCCCCUCCAACUACGGUUUGUGGCGCCCCCGGCACGAUGAUCUCGACCAAGGAGAAGAAUAAAAGCCCGAAGGACAGCAUGACGCUUCUGCCCUGCUUCUACUUCGUGGAGCUGCCCAUAGUGGCAUCCUCCAUCGUGUCCCUUUACUUCCUGGAGCUGACCGACCUCUUCAAGCCGGCUAAGGUGGGCUUCCAGUGCUACGACCGCACGCUGUCCAUGCCCUACGUGGAGACAAGUGAAGAGCUCAUCCCACUGCUCAUGCUCCUCAGCUUGGCCUUUGCUGCACCCGCAGCCUCGAUCAUGGUGGGCGAAGGCAUGCUGUACUGUCUACAGUCCCGGCUGUGGGGCCGCAGCGGGGGCCCAGGUGGGCCCGAGGGCAGCAUCCACGCCGGCGGCUGCAACUUCAACUCCUUCCUUCGGCGGACGGUGCGCUUUGUAGGUGUCCACGUGUUUGGCCUGUGUGCCACGGCCCUGGUGACCGACGUGAUCCAGCUUGCCACGGGCUACCACGCACCCUUCUUCCUGACUGUCUGCAAACCCAACUACACCCUGCUGGGCACGUCAUGUGAGGCCAAUCCCUACAUCACACAGGACAUAUGCUCUGGCCACGACACCCAUGCCAUCCUGUCUGCCCGGAAGACCUUCCCAUCCCAGCAUGCCACUCUGUCUGCCUUUGCUGCUGUCUACGUGUCGGUGAGUGCUGCCCCGCACCCCAGAUGCCCCACAGGGACCAACUGCCCUGACCACCCACCUGUCCCCUGGCAGAUGUACUUCAACUCAGUCAUCUCGGACACCACCAAGCUGCUGAAGCCCAUCCUGGUGUUCUCCUUCGCCAUUGCGGCAGGCGUCUGCGGCCUCACCCAGAUCACGCAGUACCGCAGCCACCCGGUGGAUGUCUACGCAGGCUUCCUCAUUGGGGCCGGCAUAGCGGCCUACCUGGCCUGCCAUGCAGUGGGCAACUUCCAGGCCCCACCGGCAGAGAGACCAGCGGCCCCGGUGCCAAAUAAGGACGCGCUGAGGGCCCUGACCCAGCGGGGCCACGACUCAGUGUACCAGCAGAACAAGUCCGUGAGCACCGAUGAGCUAGGUCCACCCAGCCGGCUAGAGGGUGUGCCCCGGCCUGUGGCCCGCGACAAGACCUCGCUGGGCAGCCUAAAGCGGGCCAGCGUGGAUGUGGACCUGCUGGCCCCGCGCAGCCCCAUGGGCAAGGAGAACAUGGUGACCUUCAGCCACACACUGCCCCGUGUCAGCACGCCCUCGCUAGACGACCCCGCCCGCCGCCACAUGACCAUCCAUGUUCCACUGGACGCCUCCCGCUCCAAGCAGCUCAUUAGUGAAUGGAAGCAGAAGUCGCUGGAGGGCCGAGGCCUGGGACUACCGGACGAGGGCAGCCCUGCACACCUGCGGGCGCCUGCAGAGCCCAUGGCUGAGGAGGAAGAGGAAGAGGAGGAGGAGGAAGAGGAGGAGGAGGAGGGGGAGGAAGGGGGUCCAGCACCUCCCUCACUGUACCCCACAGUCCAGGCUCGGCCAGGGCUCGGGCCACGUGUCAUCCUGCCGCCUCGGGCUGGACCGCAACCUCUGGUUCAUAUCCCCGAGGAGGGGGCACAGGCAGCAGCUGGCCUCUCCCCCAACAGCAGCGCGGCUGUGCGGGCCAAGUGGCUCAUGAUGGCUGAGAAGAGCGGAGCUGUGGUGGCCGCGGCCUCGGCCCAGCCCCGUGUGGCCAACCCACCCCGGCUGCUGCAGGUCAUCGCCAUGUCCAAGGCUCCAGGUGCACCUGGCCCCAAGGCAGCCGAGACGGCGUCCUCAUCCAGUGCCAGCUCUGACUCCUCCCAGUACAGGUCCCCGUCUGACCGCGACUCUGCCAGCAUCGUCACCAUUGAUGCACACGCACCCCACCACCCUGUGGUCCACCUGUCUGCGGGUAAUGGGCCCUGGGAGUGGAAGGCAGCAGGAGUCGGGUCCAAGGGGGUGGAGGGAGAGAGUGGCUAUGAGCUGGGGGACCUGGCCCGCAGCUUCCGCAGUGGGGCCAAGCCCCAGGGCAUCUCCCCAGGCUCAUCAGUCAGUGAUGUGGACCAGGAUGAGCCACGGUUUGGGGCUGUGGCCACUGUCAACCUGGCCACAGGUGAGGGGCUGCCCCCACUGGGCGCAGUCGAUGGUGCCCUGGGACCAGGCAGCCGGGAGUCAACGCUGCGGCGCAAAGCAGGCCUGGCGCUUGGUGAUAGGGAGGUGGCAGAGGCUGAGGCUGAGAGCUACUACCGGAAGAUGCAGGCUGCACGCAGGUUCAAGGACUGAGGGUGGGGAUGGGGGGUAGAGCAGGGGGUCCUGGUAGACAAUAAAAGAUGAUCCUGGAGAAGAGCUCGCAGUCUGAGUCUUUCUGGAGUACUGGGUG